UCUGGCAACACAAGUGUGGUGUGAUUCCAAAUCUUAAAACCCUAGUCCCCAAUUUGCACCUUUCUUCGCACUCUUCAGUCUUCUUUCUUCACACCUCUUUCAAAGUCGAUCCAACCACCAGCACCACCAUCAUGGGCAAGAAGCGGAAGGUUGCACCCAAAUCAUCUCAAACCGUUGAGCCCCCGCCAAAGCAGCACCAACCUGAACCUCAACAGGAAUACGAAGAGGUUGAGGAAGAGGUAGAAGAAGAGGUCGAAGAAGAGGAGGAGGUAGAGGAAGAAGAGGAAGAGGAGGAGGAAGAAGAAGAAGAACAAGAAGGAGGUAACGAACAAAAGCAACAACAAGAGGACGAAGACGACGACCCCAUUCCGAAGCUUCUAGAACCUUUUGGUAAGGACCAGAUCUUGAGUCUUCUCUGCGAAGCGGCCGCCAAGCACCGCGACGUGGCCGAUCGAAUCCGUCGCGUGGCCGACGAGGACGCUGUCCACCGGAAGAUCUUCGUCCACGGCCUUGGCUGGGACACCACCGCCGAGACCCUCAUCAGUGCGUUCCGCCAGUACGGCGAGAUCGAGGACUGCAAGGCCGUCACCGAUAAGAUCUCCGGCAAGUCCAAGGGCUACGGAUUCAUCCUCUUCAAGACCCGCCGCGGCGCCCGCAAUGCCCUCAAGCAGCCGCAGAAGAAGAUCGGUAACCGCAUGACAGCGUGCCAGCUGGCAUCCAUAGGCCCCGUCCAGCAGCCGGCACAGCAGCCUGCUGCCGCGGCCACCUCGUCAGGGCCGGCAGUCUCCGAAUACACGCAGAGAAAGAUCUAUGUGAGCAACGUUGGGUCCGAAUUGGACCCGCAGAAGCUGAUGUCGUUCUUCUCGAGGUUCGGUGAAAUCGAGGAAGGGCCAUUGGGGCUCGACAAGGUCACUGGGAAGCCAAAGGGGUUCUGUUUGUUCGUUUACAAGAGCGUUGAGAGUGCGAAGAGGGCGUUGGAGGAGCCUCACAAGGAAUUUGAGGGACACGUCUUGCAUUGCCAGAAGGCCAUUGAUGGACCGAAGCAAGGGAGGAUGCAGCUGCAGCACAACGUUCCAAGGACGCAGUUUCAGAGGAACGACAACGCAGGGUUUGGUGCUGGUGUUGGUGGUGGCGUUGGUAACAAUGUGCAGGGGCAUUUGAUGGCGCCAGCGGCUGCCGCAGCCAACCCUUUAGGGGUGAACCAAGCAGCUGUGCCGCCGCUGAAUCCGGCACUCGGGCAGGCAUUGACGGCCCUGCUUACUCAGCAGGGUGCUUCGUUGGGGCUCACCAAUUUGUUGGGAGGUUUGGGAUCAACUGCAGGGUCUGUUAAUUCAGGCGUUCCAGCGGCAGCAGCACACACGAUGCAGGGUGGUUACAGUGCUCAGCAGAAUAUAAGCCCUGGUGUUAUGAGCGCGUACGGGAGUCAGGUAGGGCUGCAGGCAGCUUACCCGAACCAGCAGGUCGGGCAGAGUGGCGGCUCUGGAAGAGCGCAACCUGGCGUGGGGCAGUAUGGUGGUGUUGCUCCUUACAUGGGCCACUAGGUUUGUGUUGCAGGUUUGACAGCCAUACUAACGUAAAUAUCUGCCAAUAAUGAAACCAGUCUAUAUAAUGUUUUGAAGGGGGAAAUUUUAUAUGGAUUUGAAUCCUCUAAAGUUUGAAUUUCACUUUAGAUAGUAAAGUGUGAUCUCUCACCAUUGAUUUCAUAGGUGGGACAAAGAAUAAAUAUGAAAGAGAAAAUAUUCAAGGGUAGAAGAUCCCACUUUACUCUCGAAAGUGAAAUUCAAACUUUAGAGGAUCCAAAUCCAUUUUAUAUAUAUAACACUAUCUUGAUUUGGACCUGCCUUAUAUUUUUCUACAUUUGGUGAAAUCUUUUGUAGGACUUGUUUGAAAAAGAUUCUAGUGAUAUUUUUAUUUUUUCCCCAAAAAAGACCAGGGUUUUAGAAAUCUAUUGUCUAAUGUUAGAUUCAGUAUUAAAAAUUAUUAUUAUUAUUUCAUGUUAAUAAAAGAUACUUUCUUGGAAAUAUAGCUUUUAAAAGAAUUAUAAAGAUAUCUCCUGGUACCCAUUUCUAAUGGUGGAAAUUUUGCAGUUAAUAAACAAAAAAAAAUAUGCUGAAAGGAUUUUAAAAUUACUUAUCUUCUUUUGAUAAAUAAAUUAUGUUUCGUUCUUUUCAAAUUCACACCUUAUUGAUUGAUUCUUGGUGAAUGGUGAUGUUCACUUUAAACAAAUCCAAGCUUUGUCCCAAAAUCUAAGAUGUGUUUUGUGGGGGGUUUAAUUUUCAAUACAAAUAGUCUUCCAAAGUAUGAGGUAAGCCAUUGUGAUAAUGGAGUUGAUGCUUGCUGGUUGUCCUCAUAAGUUGGUGGCUUUCAUGUGCUGUGGAAGGUAAGCCAUAGUUUAUAUUUCUAGUUUAUUAUCUUUGCUUUUAGGGUUAGUUUUAAAGUGAUAAGUGGUCAGUAUAGUCUUCCAAUGGAGAAAUUUGCAGUCUAAAUUAUGUGAUCAAUUACCAACGGGAAACAGUUGCCCUUAGAAAGGAGUAAGGUUACUGAAGUUUGGAUUCCUUGGGAUUUUAAAACUGGUUUCUAUGUUGUUUCUCUCUUCAUUUCUUUUAGGGAUGACCAAAAUUCUGACAUUCAUAGCUUGAGAUGACUGAGAUUGGCUCUCAUGUCCAUAAGGUUCUAAUAUAACAUGUGACAUUGGUAUGCUGUGUGGUACAAAGUGCAAUUGAUACUUCAAGGAAAAUGCGAGGUUGAUGUCUAGAUCUCAUAAGCUGGAUUAAUACGUGGCCUGUUAACUGACCCGGGUUUUGCAGCUUAAAGUUGGUUGGUUUCAUAAUUGUUAGUUUUUGCAAUUCACGUUGUGCAUGUUGAUGUUAAGUUUCUGGAGGAGUACGGUUCCAACAGAGACCUAAGAAAAUAGUGAGUACUGAGAAAACUUGUAUGCUCCGGAAGCUUUGUCAACUUGGAGACUGAGAGUUGUGUGUUAGGUAUAUUGGUUACCUACAUGAAAAAUCCUUUGGAUAAGCACAAACAUGAGGCACACUCACAGUUGAAGUUUGUGGAUACAAGAUUACAAUAUGUACUCUGCUGAAACUCUUGUUUGAGUUUAUCUAACUGUGAGUUGUUAGCUGUGUUUAUGCAAAAAUUUAUCAUUCUUUGGCUCGUGGGCAUGUUGUUUGAAAUCCCAAAUGGGACUAUGUCCAUGUAAAGGAGAAGGAAAGAGUUUAUGAAGUGUAACUGAUUUUCUUUUA